AAAUAUUUUCUAUAAGUAAACCACUAUAAAAAAAAUUAUAUAACAACAACAUAUAAGGUAUCUCUUUUCAAGGGUGCAUAGGAGAAGCUAUCACUUUCUAACUAAAAAUGACACCUUAACCAAAGUACCAAAUUUACUAAUAUUUUUCUCCAAAAUAAAGUACAAAACUCUACUUCACCUUUUUCAACUCUCUCUCUCUCUUGACUUCUUAGCUUCCACUCUGUGUCUGUCUUACAAUUUUGUGAGCUGUAAUGGGAGAAACCCAAGAAAUCACACUGACCCAGAUGAGGAAAUCGGUUGAGAAGCUUGGUUCUUCCACUGAGGCAGAAACAUGGUGAUCCAACACUGAUGAGAUUCUUAAUUGCGAGAUCAAUGGACCCAAAUAAAGCGGCAAAGAUGUAUGUUCAGUGGCAGAAAUGGAGGGCUUCUCUUGUUCCAAAUGAUUUCAUUUCUGACUCUGAAGUAACAGAAGAGUUAGCAGCCAAAAAGAUUUAUUUGCAGAGCUUAUCAAACAAGGGUUUCCCAGUGUUCAUAUGUGAAGGGAGCAAGCAUUUUCCUUCUAAAGACCAGCUUCAAUUCAAAAAAUUUGUGGUCCACCUUCUUGACAAAUCAAUUGCAAGUUCUUUUAAAGGAAGAGAGAUUGGGAAUGAAAAGUUGAUUGGCGUUCUUGAUUUGAAAAACAUCUCAUACAAGAACGUCGAUGCUCGUGGAAUGAUCACAGGAUUUCAGUUUUUACAGGCUUACUACCCGGAACGUUUGGCGAAGUGCUUCAUUUUAAACAUGCCUUGGUUCUUUGUAAGCGUUUGGAGGCUGAUUUCGCGAUUUCUUGAUAAGGCAACUCUAGAAAAGAUCGUGAUUGUCACUAGUGACGACGAAAGAAGAGAUUUCGUAAAAGAAGUUGGAGAAGAAACCUUGCCAGAAGAGUAUGGCGGACGAGCAAAACUAAGACCCCUUCAAGAGGUCAAAUUGGUACCAUUGGAGGAUUGAACUUAAAAAUACUCAAAAGGGUUGGCCAACUGCUAUCAAUUGGUCAGGUGUUAAUAAUAAAAAUAUUGCUGAGAUAACAUAGUUUUAAGCUAUUUCUCCCCCAAAAGUUAUAAUUAUGAUUUAUAUGGUGUCAUGUGAGUACCUUCCUUUUCAUAUAGUUCUUGCCAAUGUAAGUGACUCUUUUCUUCUAAGACAAACAAAACCUAAGUAAUGAUAGCUUUGUUUAUAUUAAUGUGAUAAUCUAUUUU